CCGGAUCCGGGAAGUCGAGCUCUGGCCGUGUCCGGGUGUUGCGGGGCAGAGGCGAAGAGGACGCGGUCGGGAUCUUCGCAGGGUGGCCGACAUGACGGCCACUGGUCAGAGCCCCCUUGCACCGCUCUUGGAGACUUUAGAAGACCCUUCCGCUUCCCAUGGAGAGCAGACCGACGCUUACCUGACUUUAACCAGUCGUAUGACUGGAGAAGAUGGGAAAGAAGUUAUUACAGAAAUUGAGAAAAAACUUCCUCGACUUUACAAAGUUAUAUCGACUCACAUUUCCAGUCAAAACUCGGAACUCAGUAGUGCUGCUCUACAGGCUUUGGGAUUUUGCUUAUAUAAUCCCAAAAUAACCUCAGGAUUAUCAGAGACAAACACUGAAGAACUGCUCUCAAAAUUGAAUAAUAUUGUUAAGAGUUCAGACAAAAAUUUACGUAGUAGGGCACUUUGGGUGAUCUCCAAGCAGACAUUUCCCACUGAAGUUGUUGGGAAAAUAGUUCCUUGCAUAAUUGAUUCACUAGAAGUAAUAUUUAGUAGAGGAGAGGUGCAUUCUGCUGUUGUUGACUAUGAAGCAUUGAAUGUCAUCAUAAGGCUAAUUGAACAAGCCCCUGUUCAAAUGGGAGAAGAAGCCGUUAGGUGGGCAAAACUGGUCAUACCUUUAGUGGUUCAUUCAGCCCAAAAGGUACAUUUGCGAGGAGCAACUGCUCUGGAAAUGGGAAUGCCGUUGUUGCUUCAGAAACAACAAGAAAUAGCAUCUAUCACAGAGCAGCUUAUGACUACUAAAUUACUUUCCGAACUCCAAAAGCUAUUUAUGAGUAAAAAUGAGACUUACGUGUUAAAGUUAUGGCCUUUAUUUGUCAAACUUCUUGGGAAGACUUUGCAUCGGAGUGGGAGUUUCAUUAAUUCUCUGCUACAGCUGGAAGAACUGGGAUUUCGUAGUGGAGCACCCAUGAUUAAAAAAAUAGCUUUUAUUGCUUGGAAGAGUUUGAUAGAUAAUUUUGCAUUAAAUCCAGAAAUACUGUGUAGUGCAAAAAGACUGAAGUUGUUAAUGCAGCCUUUGAGUUCCAUUCAUGUGAGAACAGAAGCUCUAGCACUAACAAAACUAGAAGUCUGGUGGUAUUUACUGAUGAGACUUGGACCUCACCUUCCAGCUAAUUUUGAACAGGUUUGUGUGCCUCUGAUUCAAAGCACAAUAAGCAUUGAUUCUAAUACUUCACUUCAAAGCCCUUCAUCUCGUGCAGUUAGCUCUCCAGGUUUAAAUCCUAUCACUCCUGUACACAAAGGGGCUUCCCCAUAUGGAUCACCAGGAGCUCCCCGGUUGAACCUGAGUUCAAAUUUUGGUGGAAUGGCCACAAUUCCCUCUAUUCAACUCUUGGGACUUGAAAUGUUACUUCAUUUUUUAUUGGGUCCAGAAGUCGUGAGCUUUGCCAAGCAAAACAAACUUGUACUGAGCUUAGAGCCACUUGAACAUCCAUUAAUUAGCAGCUCCUCUUUUUUUUCUAAACAUGCAAGUACACUUAUAUCUGCGGUUCACGAUAGCUUUGUUGCAGUUGGAAAAGAUGCUUCUGAUGUAGUUGUCAGUGCUAUUUGGAAGAAACUGAUUAGCUUGGUGAAGUCGGUUAUUGAAUCAGGCAAUAAAAAAGAAAGACCAGGAUCUGAAGUUUUGACCAUCUUAUUAAAAUCUUUGGAAAGUAUAGUCAAAUCACAAGUAUUUCCUUUAUUGAAAACACUGGUUCUCAUGGAGAUUACAAUUAAAGGACUUCCUGAGAAAGUUCUAGGUUCACCGGCAUAUCAGGUUGCUAAUAUGGAUAUUCUUAAUGGAACUCCUGCAUUGUUCUUAAUUCAGUUAAUUUUCAACAAUAAUCUCUUGGAAUGUGGUAUAGAAGAUCAAAGGUUUUUUCUCAACCUGGAAGUACUUGUAGGCUGUGUUCUUUCUGGUCCAACUUCACCACUAGCUUUCAGUGACUCUGUUUUAAAUGUUAUUAAUCAAAGUGCAAAGCAGUUGGAAAACAUGGAGCAUCUCUGGAGAAUGUGGAGUAUUAUAGUUACCCCAUUAACCGAAUUAAUUAACCAGACCAAUGAAGUGAAUCAAGGUGAUGCCUUAGAACAUAAUUUUAGUGCCAUCUACGGUGCAUUGACUUUACCAAUAAAUCAUAUUUUUUCAGUACAGAAAUUUCCACUGGCCACCAUGAAGACAUUACUUAGAAGUUGGUCAGAAUUAUAUAGAGCAUUUGCCCGAUGUGCAGCUUUGGUGGCAACAGCAGAAGAGAAUUUAUGUUGUGAGGAGCUUUCUUCCAAGAUAAUGUCCAAUUUGGAAGCUGAAGUCUUCGAAAACUUGUUGUUCUUGGAUAGGAUUAUUCAUGUUAUUACUAUAAUGGUUGAUUGCAUCGACUUCUCCCCAUAUAAUGUUAAAUAUCAGCCCAAAGUUAAAUCACCACAGAGACCUUCGGAUUGGUCCAAAAAGAAGGAGCCCCUAGGGAAAUUGGCUUCAUUAUUUAAACUUAUUGUGAGAGUGAUCCAUUCUUUCCACACUGUGAGCCUAAAGGAAAUACAUUCUGAUACUCUACUCACUGUCGGCCAGUCAAUCACCAGUAUUGUUUCCACUGUACUUGGACAUAUUUCUUUGCCUUCAAUGAUCCGAAAGAUAUUUGCAACAUUAACAAGACCACUGGCACUAUUUUAUGAAAACAUAAAGCUUGAUGAAGUUCCUAAAGUGUAUAGUUGUAUGAACAACAAGUUAGAAAAGCUGCUGGGAGAAAUUAUAGCUUGUUUACACUUCAGCUAUACUGGAACUUACGACAGUGAACUUCUUGAACAUAUCUCUCCAUUAUUAUGCAUAAUAUUUUUGCACAAGAGUAAACAGAUUCGAAAACAGAGUGCUCAGUUAUGGAAUGCCACAUUUGCCAAAGAAACAGCGUUGAUUUAUCCUGAAGAGUUAAAACCAGUAUUAAGACAAGUGAAAGAAAAAUCUGUGCUUUUGCUACCUGGGUUGGAAAAUGUUGAAAUCAUGGAAGAAUCCAGUGGACCAUAUUCAGAUGCUACAGAAAAUUCACAAUUAAAUAUCAAGAUAAGUGGCAUGGAAAGAAAAUCAAGUGGAAAAAGAGACUCAUUUUUGUCACAAACAAAGGAUAUAAAAGAAAACAAGAAACUAUUAUCAUCUAAGUUGAAAAUAGAAUCUACAUCUCCAAAAAUAAAGAAUGAUAUGCCUUUGGAAGAAGAAAAGUCUACUGACUUUGUGUUUAUACCACCAGAAGGAAAAGAUGCAAAAGAGAGAAUACUAACUGAACAUCAGAAAGAAGUACUCAAAACAAAAAGGUGUGAUAUUCCUGCCAUGUAUAAUAAUCUGGAUGUCUCUCAAGAUACUUUAUUUUCUCAGUAUAAUCAGGAAGAGUCAAUGGAAAGUCCUUCAACUGAAAAAUCAAAGGAAGAUUCCAAGAUGAUCUUUAAGGAUGAACAAAUGGAGAGUGACAAUGUCAUUCCUCAAGAUGUCCCGGAAAAACGUGGUAUGGAUGAACAUCUUGAAAAGGCUUCCCUUUCAAGUAAUGAGUCUGGUUCUAUUGAGGAAACCAACCUUGAAAUCAUGAGCAAUAAUAAUACCAGAAAAAAGGCUUUAAUUUCAUCAAAGAAAGAAUCAGCUGAAUGUACAUCUAGUGCAGAAAGUACUUCUUGUGUCAGCAGUAGCUCAGUUUCUAUUGCCACCAUCUCGGGAAAUCAUCCCCCACAGCCUACAAGUCGAAGGCAAACCUUUAUUACUUUGGAGAAGUUUGAUGGUUCAGAAAAUAGACCUUUUAGUCCAUCCCCCUUAAAUAAUAUGUCAUCAGCUAUUGCAGUGAAAAAUAACCAGGAAGUCACAGCUAAAACAGAUAUUCCACUAAAAGCCAAGAAAAAAGAAAUGACUCUUUCAAAAUCUGAUUCUGAAAGAGGAGUACAUGGAAUUAAGAGAUCAGGUAGGAGAGCAAGUAAAGCUGAACAAACUGGGAAUAAAAGGUCUAAGUCCUUAAUGAGAUCUGAUGAGGAACAAAAUACCCAGGAAUCUGUUGAUGGUGUGAUAGUCUUAGAAAAUAAUCCACCUGGGUUACUUAAUCAAGCAGAAUGUGUGCUAGAUAAUCAGACUUAUUUCUCUGAAUCUACAGUGGACUAUGAGAACACAGUGCUUAAACCAACAAUGGAAAGUGCUGUAUUACAAAAUAAUACUGUAGAAGAGAAAACUGUAGGAAUUAAUUUGGAAUCCAAAGAAAAUACUCCACCAGCUUUAAAACCAGCAGAUCAAACAGUAAAUGAGGACAGUCAUGUUCAGGUAACUCCAAAUCAGAAAACCCUUAGACGAUCUUUAAGGCGGCGUUCAGAAAUAGCAGAACCUACCACUGGUAGUCAAGAUAAAGAAAAUCAGCAAAAAAAGGAAAGACGUAAGGAAGAUGAAAAGACGAUUCAGAAGAGUCCAUUGCACAUAAAAGAUGAUGUGUUACCUAAGCAAAAACCGGCUUCUGAGCAAAUGGUACAGGAAAAUUUAAUUGAGAAAGGAAAUAAUUUACAUGAGAAGAAUUUUGGGGAAACCAGCACUAAUGCUGAAACUGAAGAAAAUGAAAGAAAUCCAGACCGCGAGAAUAUUAAAUCUGAGGGAGAUAAUGUCCAGGACAUUGCAGAUAAGUCUUCUGAGAAGCCAGUAAGGGGAAGAACACGGUAUCAAACAAGAAGAGCUUCCCAGGGUUUACUUUCCAGCAUUGAAAACUCAGAAUCUGAUAGUUCUGAGGCAAGAGAAGAAGGUUCUAGAAAGAAGAGAUCUGGAAAAUGGAAAAACAAAAGCAGUGAUAGUAUUGAUAUUGAAGAUCAAGAGAAAAUAGUAAAACAGGAAUGUGUAAAAGUGGAAAAUCUGAUACAUGAUUAUAAAUCAUGUACUGAAUUAGACACAGACAUAAAGUCUCCAAUUUGUGAAGAAAAAGAAAGUAAUACUAUAAUUCUUAAUGAUAUAACAGUAUCUCCAGUUUUAUUGCAACAUUCUGAUAAUGUAUUAAAUACAGAUGAUGGAAAAAAUAAACCUAACAAAUGUAUAGAGAAUUCUCCUUCACAUCCUCCUAUAUCUGAAUCUAAUCUAAGAACUAGAAAUGCCAAUAAAAGGUUACAUAAACGAGAUUCUGUAGAAAAUAACAGUAUAGGAGAAGCUUCCAAAAUAGGAACAUCAGACAUUUCUUUGCUUUCUGAAAAACCCCCCCAAGGUCUUGAAUGCCAACACAAGAGAAGUAAGAGGGUAAGGAGAUCUAAGGGUUGUGAUUGCUGUGGAGAAAAGUCACAACCUCAGGAAAAGUCCUUCAUUGGAUUAAAGAGCACAGAAAAUUAUGAUGUAAAGAGCAAUGCAGCAAAAAAGACAGACAUGCAAACACCUGUAACUGUAUCAGAAACUUCUAAAGCUGAUCUGCACUCUGAGGUAAAUGUUACUGAUGAGCCUCAUAAUGUAAACUUUCAUUUGGGACUCAAGGAAGAGAAUGAUACCAUAAAUGAGUCAUUAAUUUUACCUGAAACUGAGUUGAAAGAAAGGACUAGUGAAGACUCUAUUCCUUCAGUAAAUUGUAAAGAAGCCUCUGAUAUGAAAUCUGACGAAGUGAUAUCUUUUGAAAUCCAGGAGCCAUCUAAUAAAAAAUGUAAAACUGUUGGCUCAUAUUUAGGUAAUUCCAAAGAUAUUUCACUAGGUUGUUCUGCUUUGGAGAGCAAUGAAGAAAAGACAGAAGCUAUCUUGAAAAAAGAAAUAAAUACAGAGAACAUUAAUGGUGAAGGAAAUACAUGUGAAAUAAAAGAUGGAGUCAAUCCAGAAGAAGCAGAAGCUAUGGAGCUGGAUGUAGAAAAUGAUAAAUCUGAACCCAGUUUCUCUCAAAAGAGUGCCAGGACAGAUUUUACUGGAGAGGCUUUACAUGACAGUAGUGAAAAAAUUAAUGAAUCUGAAGCAGUUCUUAAAGAACCGAGUCCUGAAGAAUCAUCAACCGAGAAAUUUAAUUCAAGUAUAAGUUGUCCUCAAAAUACUACUAUAAAAAUGAGUGGUCAAAUAGAGAUUUCUGAAAAAACAACAGGGGGACAAGACGGAAAAAGUGAUGAAUCUGAUCCAGGCUCACCUGAAGAUAUAGAUGUUAAAAUGGAAAAUGGUAAAGAAAUAGUGAUUAGUGACAACACUGCCAAAAUGAGCCAUGUCAGUGAAACGGAGAGCAAGGACCUGACUACCGAAACCUCUAAGCCAGAAGAAGGUGAAACAAAAACAUUGAAUAUAGAAACUGAUAGCUUUGUUCCUGAAACACUUGAGAUAUGUACUGGACAAGAAAAAAUUGAGUCCAAUUUAGAAACAAAUACUGAAUUUACUAAACCUGAAGAAACAAAAUUUGAUGGCAAUCAAGUGGUAGUGGCAAAUGAAAAUGGAAUUUUACAGGAAGUUCCCCAUACUUCAGAGAAAGUGGAGGAAAUAUCACAGUCUUUGACAUCUGACGUGGUUGUCUCUGAACUGCUAACAGAAGACAAUAGUGCAUCUCCUCAAAAAUGCAGGGAACUUGAUCCUAUCCUUGUGUCAGCAUGUGACAGUCCUAGUGGCAUGGAGGCACGCUGUGUCUGGUCUCCGUUGGCUUCUCCAUCUACCAGCAUUUUAAAGAGGGGACUAAAAAGACCCCAAGAAGAUGAGAUCUCAUCACCUGUUAACAAGGUUCGACGCGUCUCCUUUGCAGAUCCAAUAUACCAAGCUGGAUUGGCAGAUGACAUUGAUAGGCGAUGCUCUCUUGUUAAGUCCUAUUCUUUAAAUAAUUCUCCCAUAGUAAGAAGUAUUAAAACCUCACCAACUGCGCAAUAUAAGCAUAAUACCACUUCAGCCAAAGGAUUUCUGUCCCCAGGAUCACGUAGCCCUAAAUUUAAGAGCUCAAAGAAGUGUUUAAUUACAGAAAUGACUAAAGAAUCCAUGUCAUGCCCAACGGAAAGUGUUUAUCCAGCUUUGGUGAACUGUAUGGCACCAGUUGACAUCAUUUUGCCUCAGAUUACAUCAAACAUGUGGGCAAGAGGACUGGGACAACUUAUUAGAGCCAAGAAUAUAAAAACUAUUGGUGAUUUGAGUACUCUGACUGCAUCUGAAAUAAAGACUCUUCCCAUCCGUUCUCCAAAAGUGUCUAAUGUGAAAAAGGCUCUCAGAAUUUAUCAUGAACAGCAGAUGAAGUCUCGUGGACUUGAAGAGAUCCCAGUUUUUGACAUUUCUGAAAAAACAGUAAAUGGACUAGAAAGUAAAUCUCUCUCUCCUGAAGAAGAAAGACUUGCCUCAGAUUUAGUUGAUCCUGUUGCUUUAGAGACUCCAUUAUCUAAAAAUCUUGUGGCACAGAUUAGUGCACUUGCUCUUCAACUGGACUCAGAAGAUCUCCAUAAUUAUUCAGGAAGUCAGCUGUUUGAAAUGCAUGAGAAACUCAAUAGCAUGGCAAAUACUAUAAUAAAAAAUCUACAGUCACGCUGGAGGUCAACAACCCAUGAAAAUUCUAUUUAGUAUUUUAAGAGAAAAUUGAAGCCUUAUUUAUUUAUUAUUUUUUUUAACACCACUGGAUUUGUUGGUUUUAAAAUACGUUCUGAAAAAGAACACAGUUUCAGGGACUGAAUGUUUUCAAAGUUGGUAACAGUUCUAACUCCACAGGGCAGUUAACCAUUAUGUAAGUUCAGUUUUGUAAGUUCAUUAUGUAAAAUCCCCCUCCAACAUAUUUUCCUGUGCAUGGGUUUUCCAAAAAAAUUAAAUACUUCACUGAACUGUAAGUAAAAACUUGGAAGCAAAAUCAUAAAUAUUCACACUGUUAAAACUCAUGCAUUUUAUUUUGAAACAUUUAUGUAAAAUAUCCUUAAGUGUAAUUUAGUUUUAUUUGAAUUUUUUUCUGAAGGGGUAAAGGUGUUUAUAAUUUUUUAAGUUAUAUUUGUUGUGCCUGAGGUUUAUGAAAUUUGUUCUUUGUGACACACCUUAAAUGAGAUGCAAAAGAAUUGGAGCCUUUUUUUUGCUAAUAUUUGACUGUCUUUCAAGGAAAAAUACUAACAUUUUGAACAUUGGGAGUUAAAAUAUUAAAACAGAAUUUAUUAAGAUUCUAUUCAUUUGCAUUGGCAGAUAUUUGUGCAGCAGCAUUUGCCUGUGAAAAUUUACUCUUAUGAGAUAGUAUUCAUUUUAAAAUGCACCACUAAUUGUACAUUGUGUAUAGAUUACAUUUUUAAUUUAUAAAUUUCAGCUUUUGUUAAUUGAAUUAUUUUCGCAGCUUCAUGUGAAUACCUUUGUUUUCUCUAAUAGAAACACUUUGUAUAUAUUGAGUACUGAGCUACCAGUAUGGACAGUAGAAGUUGUAUUUGGACUUGUUGCAGGUGUUUGUAGGAUUCUGUAUGUACAAAUAAAACAAUAGUUUUGUACUUAGUUAAUAAUCUUAGGUAAAACAUGAGUUUAUUUUCUAAAGUAACCAGAAUGAGUAAAGUUAUAGAGAAUGAAAAAGUAUUCAAUGACAACUUUGCUACCUGUUUUUCCCCUUUUGGUGUAGAAAGGGGCAUCAGCCACAAGAAAGUGUGCCUCAUUACAAUUCCUUUUAAUGGGGAGUUAGUUUGAGUAUUUUCUUUACAAGUUAGAAUAUGAAAAAUCUAGAGUUUAAUCUUUAUUACUCAUACCUAAAGCAAACUUAAAAGAAAUUUGAAACUGUUCUUUUGAAGUAUAUAUGUUUUGCCUCAUUUGAAAAAAUAGGGUGUUUAGAAUUAAUACAUUUAUAAAUUUUAAACUGAGAAUAUCUCAUUUGUUCUCUGAAAAGAAUAAGUAAUCUCAAUUUCAUGCUUUAUUCAGACUAACUCCUUCAAAAGGUGAGGCACACAUUCUUUUCCUAGUCUUUUUCUAAUUAAAAUAGAAAUUUUAAUUCCUGUGUUAAUUUAACUCCUACAAUGGACCACCAGCUUUGCACAAUAAAAGUUUGUGUCUUUUUUCAUAGUCAGAAUACAUCAUUAUUACAAGUACUUAGGAAUUUGGGAUUGAAUUCGGAUUGUAGCCUAAAAAAAUAACUGAUGAAAAUGAAUUUAAAAAAUAGAAUUUAAAAUGUGGUUUCUAGUUCCCAAAUUAUAUUUGACAGUUAAGAGACUUGAAUAGUUUUUAGUGAACUGGUUUAAGGAGUGUGUUUAGUGUUUAGAGGAGUCAAAAUUUGCUCAUUUCAUGACUGAUUUAAAGGUUCAUGUGAACUAAACAUAUCUGCUAGUGGAAGGAGAUUCUGGGGAAGGUUAAAUAGUAUAGCAGAAAACAUGACCAAAAUGAGUACCUAUUUUUGAAUUACUAAAUUUGGUACAAACACAGGCUUUAAUUCAAAAAUAGUUUUUCAUCAGUGAUAUAUUUUUAAAUAUUGGGUGUUGAAAAGCUAUUUGUUAAAUCUUCAUUGCUAAUAGAGUUAGGAGUAUAUUAACCUACUGUUAAUAUUCUUGCCUUAAAAUUUUCUACAGUGUUUUCUGAAUGAUUACUGAAUAACAUAAAACAUUAAUUUUCUUGAUCAUCAAUACCAGUAUUGUUUCACUGUUAAGGUGAAAUUAGUUUCUUCUCCCCCAUAUAAUUCUUAAUGGUUAAUAAAACAAAUGGCAGAUGUUAAUAAAGAAACAGAUUGAUUGAUUUUAAUGUAUGCAUUUAUAAAAAGAAACUACUUGUAUGCAGAAGCAUAAUCGUUAAUGUUCCAAAAUGAGUUUCAUAAUGAAUUGAAAUUUUUAAUAUUUCAGUGAUCCAUUAUUAAAAAUGCUUUUAUUUUGAACAAGUUUGGAAGCCAGGAUCAAAAGGUAUGUAUGGUACAUUGGCUGAAAGUGCAUUUUAGUAGGAUUUUUAAGAAAAUAAAAGUAAUGGAUAAGUGUAUUCUUAGAAGUUGGCUGAAUUGAAAUGUAACAAAAUAGUCCUUAAUGACUAUUUCCUUAAUGACAUUUCUUCUAGUGUGAACUGCAUAGUUGACUAGAAAAGGCCUAUCACAUUGUUAAGAGUUGUGGAAUUACCUGGAAUAUAACACAGAAUAGCAGUGGGUAACAUUAAGAUUUAGGUAGGGAUAGAGAGCUGUUUGCUCAUUGGCAUAACCCCUGUCUUUUUUAUACCUGUUCCAUUAGUUACUUUGUGUUUUCUAUAUAAACAGGAUGAAAAUUUCACUUUUAGGGUAAUGCCUUGCAAACAUGUAUGUACAUGUAAAAAUGCAGAUUCUGAUUUAGUAGGUCUGUGAUAGGGGGCCUGAUAUCUCAUUUCUAAAACCACAUGAUCCAUACACCUGCUGACUCUGGACUUACUGUAAGGUAGACCACAGAGGCUACAAGCUGUGAAUUAAGUUUUGGUGACCAAUUUUUAGGAUCUUGGAACUACAUUGCCAUGAAAGACACAAGCUAGGUUUUUUUGUUUUGUAUUUUUUCAAAAUUUCAAAUUUAUGAAUUGGGAGUACACACUGAUUUAGGGUGUGCCAAGGGUGGGCUGGGGGGCAAGAAAGGCAAACCCACUGAAAUGCACUGCUGAGGGGAGCAGUAGGCAAAUCAGAAGAGGUAUGUCACACCAUAUAUGGGUCACCUCCCUGGCCAGGGAUCCAACUCUUCUGAAGUGACUGCAGACAGCUUCACAGUACUGCGCUUUAACCACUGCACCACCAGACAGGGUCCUAGGAUUUUCACUUUUUACAAGUUGUUAUGGUAGAAUAUUGCCCUUUUGGCCCCUUCCUGGAGGCGCAAGGGGUAAAAGUACAGCAGCAUGAAGCUAUCUUUAGCACACUUUAGAGUCGCAGCCAGGGAGAUGACCCCCAUGGCACAGCAGACCUCUCCUGUCUCGCCCCCUGCUCCCCUCAGCAGUAUA